AUGUCUGUUCUACCUGAUUCCAAAAUCAGUAACUACACCUUUCUCCAUACGGGUUUCCCUGGCCUGGAAUGGGAAUACCCCUGGCUUUCCAUCCCCUUCUCUUGUAUCUACACUAUGGUCCUCUCAGGGAACUGCCUAGUGCUCCAUGUGAUCCACACUGAGCCAAGCCUGAAUGAGCCCAUGUUCGACUUCCUGGCCAUGCUGGCCCUCACUGACCUGUGCAUGGGGCUGUCCACAGUGCACACGGUGCUGGGACUCCUGUGGGGGCUCAGCCAGGAGAUUAGUCUGGAUGUCUGCAUUGCUCAAACCUUCUUUGUUCAUGGUCUAUCGUGCAUGGAGUCUGGAGUCCUUCUUGCCAUGGCCUUUGAUCGCUUUACUGCAAUUUGCUAUUCUCUGAGAUAUACAUCCAUUCUCACCAAUACCAGAAUCAUCAGCAUUGGUAUGGCCAUUUUAGGGAGGAGUUUCCUGUUCAGUACUGCUCCCAUUGUCCGCCUAAAGUUCUUCCAUUACUGCCGUCCCCACAUUCUCUCCCACUCUUUCUGCCUGCACCAGGAUCUACUCCGGCUAGCCUGCUCUGACAUCCGCUUCAACAGCUUCUAUGCCUUAGCCCUGGUGAUCUGUACACUGUUGUUGGAUUCAGUGCUGAUUCUCAUCUCCUACAUCUUGAUCUUGCGCUCAGUCUUGACUAUUGCAUCCCGGGAGGAGAGACUCAAGGCCUUGCAGACUUGUGUCUCCCACAUCUGCGCAGUCUUGGUUUUCUAUAUCCCAAUCAUUGGUCUGACUAUGGUGCAUCGCUUUGGGAAGCACCUGUCUCCUACGGUCCAUGUCCUCAUGGGCAACAUCUAUAUUCUUUUCCCACCUUUGAUGAACCCUAUCAUCUACAGCGUCAAGACCCAACAAAUCCGUAGCAGGAUCCAGAGAUGGUUCACCAAACAAAACCGAGUACUAGAAGUUUAA